ACGAAGAAAAGGAAGAAGAAAGGACAAAGAUCCAAGAAGCAGACAAGCGGAGGCGGUUUUGAUAACCUUGACGUUAAAAGAGAAAAUAAGAAAGGAAUGAUGAGAAGUGACUACUUUACUACACUAUACAACACACACACACACACACACACACACACACACAUACACACACACACACACACACACAGUGCCACGAUAAGGAAAACACACAAUAAUGAUUCAAAAUAGCGACCAAUGACAUGGACAGCUCGGCCUUAUCGAGGCAUUAAAAGAGCGCGGCGCGAAACUCUGUCCAUCACUUCCCCAGUGACGCCCGAGGCAAGGAGAAGCGUUCAGUAACGCAGUGCACUCGUAUCACUGGCCACAAGAGACAGCCCAGUGAACAAUCCGUAGAACAUGAAACUCCACGGGGAUCUGGAGGUGGAGGUGGUGAGCGGCGAGAGAUUGAUGGAUAAAGACUUAUUCCUUCAGUGCAUACUGAAGAAAGACCGGUCAGACGUGUGGGCGUCCGUCAGCCUCGGCUCGAUUCCCAUCCUCACCACAGGCAUCAGGAAGGACGCCAACGACGCAGUGUGGGGAGAGCGCGUCACUAUUCCCGUCUGUGAUGCUGCAGACUACCUCGACAUCACUGUUUGGGACAAGGAUCCCACACGCAUGCAGUUGGUGGGAACAGGCCGCAUGCAGCUCGGCAGUCCUGACAUGGAGUGGAAAAAAGAGAGUGCCGUCUACCUCGACAAAAAAGUGGGUAUCGUCAACAUGAAGGUCAGGUACACCCCGGCGGCACAUGCACGCAAGAAAGGCAUCGAAGUGCCCAGGGCAUACUUCCCGAUGCGACAGGGCGGCACCAUGACCUUUUACCAAGACGCUCACUCCACGGAGCUCCCUGGCAUCACCACCACUAAGGAGGGUGCCUUCGAAGUGAUAGCUGAUGCCAUUAGUGGUGCCAAGAAGUUCAUCUACAUCUCUGCCUGGAGUUUGUGGACUGAUACGGAGCUGAGGCGAGAUGGGCAGAAACUUGGUGACCUGCUGAAGCUGAAGGCUAGUGAGGGCGUGCGAGUGUUACUCUUGAUUUGGAAUGAGAAGUUUUCGGCGAUUCUUUGCAAAGACUUCGUCGGCACAUUUGACGAGGAAACUGAUGACUUCUUCAGCAACACAUGCGUGUGCGUGGAGAAAGUGAGGAGAGAGAUUGACUCGAACUUCAUCCAUGAGGAGAUCCAUGAGGCCAUCUGGGCACACCACCAGAAAGUGGUAGUGGCGGAUGACGGACAGGGGGACCUUGUGGCAUUCUUCGGAGGCUUAGAUCUCACCAAGGGCCGCUGGGACACUCCGAACCACGAGCUCUUCACGACACUGAAUAAGGAACACAGAGGAGACUUCCACAAUGGGUUCAUUGAAUUGAAGGAAAGCAACGGACCUCGGGAGCCUUGGCAUGACGUGCACGGGCGCCUCACGGGCCACGCCGCCAUCGACCUGCUCAGGAACUUCGAGGAGAGGUGGAUGAGACAAGUGCCCGACAAGACGAACCUGCUCGUCCAAAACUUACAGGAAGACCUGCUAAGGGCGCAGGAGGGCAAGGAAGCCAAUCACGGCACAGUGUGGCAAAUGCAGGUGGUGCGCUCGAUUGAUAGAAAUUCAGCUGAGUUUUGCAGCGAGCGUAUAGGCGUGCUGGACCAUACGAAUGGGAUGGUGGUGGAUACAAGUUUGUACCGAGCCCUCGUGCGCCUCAUCAGGAAGGCAGAGAACUUCAUUUACAUAGAGACUCAGUACUUCGUCGGAUCGGACAUGGCGUGGAGUCAAGAACAAAACGCCGGCGCAAGAAACGUGGUGCCUCUGGAAAUUGCACAACGCGUGGUGGAGAAGAUCCAGGCAGGGGAGGCAUUCCGCGUGUACGUGGUGGUCCCCAUGAUCCCCGAGGCGGGCGUGAAGGACCCCAUCACCAUUUCAUUGAUCAAGACGCUCCUGCACUAUCAGUUUCUAACCAUACAGAUGAUGUACAAGAGGAUAGGUGAAGCCCUGCGUGAGGCGGGGUCAGACCUGCAUCCUACUGACUACUUGGUGUUUCUCUGUCUGGGCAAGAAGGAGUCCCAGGAGAGGGUGCGUGAGGCCCUGGGUGGACAGAAGCUGGGAGAAGCGAGGAGUGGGAGUGGCGACAGAAAUCUCGUUUCCUCAUCUACGUGCACUCCAAGAUGGCAAUUGCUGACGAUACCCACAUCAUCCUCGGCUCGGCAAACUUCCACGAACGCUCACUAAAUGGAACCAGAGACACUGAGGUGGCCGUGUCCGCCCGCCAGAUUGUGCUCAACAAUAACAACAGUGAGGGCGUGGCGGUGAGUGACGGUGAGGUGGCCAUGUUCCGCAAGCGCCUCUGGGCCGAGCAUACCUGCGGCCUCUCCGAAACGGAGAAACCCCUGCAGGACCCUUCCUCAC